AACUGUUUUAACAUAACAGCAAGCAUCAAAUCUGACUAGUCUAGCUUGAGUUAUCUACUUUGCUAGGGACAAUCCCAUCAAUGAUGUGUGCUUAAGAAUAUUUAACUUGUUCCAAACACUGACACCAUGGGACUUUUAAAUUGUGCCCAAUAAGCCAUUAUAACCACCAUAAAUUGAUUUUUUUUUUCCCACCACGCACUUAUUCUGCAAGAAGCCAUCAACAAUUGCAUCCUAAUUUUACAAGCAUUCCUCCAACCCCAAGUAGAAAUUCUAUGUAUUUAAUGAAAUAUAGAUUUUCCAAACACUGUCUCAUGUUAUUUAUGUUUUUAUUUUAAUAGGAUACUCUCUUACUUCAUUUGUCAUUCUCCACUGUUUUGGAGUGUUUUCAAGAUGAAUUACUCCAUAUAUCGCGUCGAUAACUGGGUGAAUAAGAUACCAGUUGCUAGUUAUCAUCCGUUACGAAUGGUAUAUAAUAGAUCCGGAGGACCGCACAAUCGUAUGUUGAUGCAAUAUAUCAGAUAUUGUUAUCAUCAUUAUUUUGAUAAGCACCAAAGUUCUUCUUUUGAUCAUCUUGAUGACGAAUUACUGGCGCUAUUUCCCACUGCAUUUUCAGCUACCUAUGGAGAACUAGCAUUAAGAAUCAACUCUUUUCCUUUUACGGUACCUAAAUCAGAGUUGUUGAAUCACCUUCACAGUGUCGGGUUAAUUUACAAUAGAGGUAACGUCAGGGAUCGAGCUGCAAUUCGAGAGCAGAGAAUGUAAUAGAUAGCUGAUCACAAUUUGUUUGUAUGGUGACUCUGUCACGUUGUGUGUUGCAUUACACGCUGUACGGAUUUGAUAUCUUAUCGUCUCAUGUUUGGUUACAUCUUUUGUGGAAUUUAUGUCGUGUAAUGAUGAUAUGAUACUAUUGAUGGCAUUCUGUAUUUGAGUUUCGUGUCCUUAAAGACAAGCACUACAAGUUUGCAA